AACAUCAAGCACACACACGUUCCCUCUGUAGUGUGUGUUGGGAAACCCAACUGUUAGAUCAGCCCUGUUGACGUCAGAGGGGGAGUUCUGUGACCAGAACUUCCUCACACAUUUAAUUUUGCCCAACUGCUGUCUCAACUGCUGGGAGGAAUGAGGUUUAGCCCCAGUCUCACAUACCUCUUCUCAUACAACUUGCUUCAGUUCUGUGGACACACAUGGAUUUUCGCGAACAUGACAGCCAGAUUUCUCUCUUUUGGGGAAGAUGCCCAGGCUGGCACCUUCUAUUUUGUAGGAGUUAUGAUGGGGGUUUGUCAGCUUCUGUCUUUGUUAGAACUGUUUCACAUAGCCGAUGGUUUUGAGGAGUGCAGACUUUUCCCUCGCUUUAUGCAGGUGAUGGAGAGAAAUGUCCUUCUGUUUCUCCUCAUCAGUCUGGAAGAGUUUCAGAGUAAACCAAUCGUGUGUGUGCAGUUUUAUCUGUGGAAUAUACUGGGCCUUCUAAGGUAUCCACAUGAGUUAUUUUGCCUUUCAGGCACACCAUAUUUUAAAAUGCUAUGGUUGCAUCAAACUCUGUCAGUUCCAGUUUACUUGCUGUCUGCUGUCACAGAAGGAAUAAGCAUUGUAUAUAUGUUGCCAUGCUGGUCUGAGUCUGAAGGAACAGAUUCAGUUCAACUUAAAGUACCUUCAUCACCAUACAUUUAUUCCCCAUUUAUGCUUAUGGCUUGGUUACUACUUCUUGUAUUAGGAUCCAGUUUAACAUUACUACUCUUGCUGAAGGAAAGGAAGGAGAUUCUGGCCAACUGGAAUAAUAAACUGAAGAAAGACUAACCAAGAGAAGAACAAAAUAUCAGUACAGGCCAUCCCAUUCACCAAAGCCAAAUUCUAACCUUAGGAGUAUUAUGUUGGUGGAGGAGUGCAUUGCUGAAUUGUGUAAUGGCAAAAUUUUCAAUAUUUAAACAUGUUAAAGAGCUUGUGACUAAACCUCAAACUGGAUCCUCAAACUGUCCGUAAAAUCUGAUAUUUCUGUCCACCUCUAUUGUAAAUGAGGUGCCACAUUUUGGACCAUCUCUGCUUGUUUGCAAUACAAGGGUAAAUAAAGAACUAGCUCAUUGAAUAAA